CUCAAACUCACAAACCCUGAGAUCAGGACCUGAGCUGAAGUCAGACGCUCAACUGACUGAGCCACCCAGGCUCCCCUAUGCAAUUUUAAAACUAUAAAUUGCUUUCUCAGUAAGGCAAAAUGUGAAACAUUCUGAAGAAAUCACCUAAAAUUGAUACAAUUAUUUUUAAAACACAAAAUCAAAUGAAUACACGGUCACUCCUGUUGUAUCGAAGAUGUCUCUGGACGGAACAAUACAUAUACCCACUCACUAAACGAAGUUGAGUUGCAUAGAGAAAAAAGAUCCUUAACCUAAAAGACAUAAAAUAAAACAUGUUUAUCUGACCAUAUGAAUUUAACUAAAAGCAUGAGAUGCUCAUUUAAAAAUGUAGUCUUGCUUAUGUGUGGUCUGGGCUAAAUGAUCCUUUGUACCAGAAAGAUAAUGACAAAAUAACCCCAUAUGUAAGUACUUCGGUACUUCCGAAAAAGGAAGAUUGAAGUGGUUGAUAAAUCUGAAAAGCUGAUUAUACAUAAUAAUCAGCAUGUUGGGGGAGCACACGAAAAUGAAACAUAGAUUGUAUUCUGUUAUUUUAAAAAGUGACAGGACAACUGAACCAUUUUAGAAGAACAUGAAAAGGCAGGAGUUAAAAAUAGUUAAAUUAACAGCUUAGAAAAGGACGGUCAAGUUCGUGUUCAACAUUUUCCAACGUGUAAAAAGAAUAAGGAGUAGAGGCUUUAAAAAGAGAACCGCACAUUCUUCAUGAGGCAAUGUCAGAAUGUGGAACCUGAGCUCAAAUACACAGAAAUGAGUGAGGGCCAGGUCUAAUGGGCACGAGGCACCACAUCCUCUGGCAGACUGGGAGGUAGAUGGGCAUGCUCCAUGCUGUAAAUUAAAAAAAAAAACAAACAAACUUGGGGGGCCCAUUUUGUUGCGUGUGCACCUCUUGCACUAAAUUUGAGUCAGCACCAAUGACAGCGCUGCAGUCCUCUGUGGACUGAUCAGGUGGCUGCAGAGCUCGGGCUCACAGCCGCACAACGCAGCUGAGCGGGCAAGCACAGCCCACAGCCAGAAGCGGCUCCCACUCUCCAGAGCAAGGCGACCUUUAAAGCUUAAGUUUCCCGGAGAAAAUGAGAUGCUGCUGCUGAAGACGACACUAUGGCUUUGAUGGAAUAUCAGAUAUUGAAAAUGUCUCCCAGCUUGUUCAUCCUUCUGUUUCUGACACCUGGUAUUUUAUGCAUUUGUCCUCUCCAAUGUAUAUGCACAGAGAGGCACAGGCAUGUGGACUGUUCAGGCAGAAACUUGACUACAUUACCAUCUGGACUGCAAGAGAAUAUUAUCCAUUUAAAUCUGUCUUAUAACCAUUUUACCGAUCUUCAUAACCAGUUAACCCAAUACACCAAUCUGAGGACCCUGGAUAUUUCAAACAACAGGCUCGAAAGCCUGCCUGCUCAGUUACCCCGGUCCCUCUGGAACAUGUCUGCUGCUAACAACAACAUUAAACUGCUUGACAAAUCUGAUACUGCUUAUCAGUGGAACCUUAAAUAUCUGGAUGUUUCUAAGAAUAUGCUGGAAAAGGUUGUUCUCAUUAAAAAUACACUGAGAAGUCUUGAGGUUCUCAACCUCAGUAGUAACAAACUGUGGACAGUUCCAACCAACAUGCCCUCCAAACUACAUAUCGUGGACCUGUCUAACAAUUCCUUGACACAAAUCCUUCCAGGAACAUUAAUAAACCUGACAAAUCUCACACAUCUUUACCUGCACAAUAAUAAGUUCACAUUCAUUCCAGAUCAAGCUUUUGACCAACUCUUUCAGUUGCAGGAGAUAACCCUUCACAAUAACAGGUGGUCAUGUGACCACAAACAAAACAUCACUUACUUAUUGAAGUGGGUGAUGGAAACAAAAGCCCAUGUGAUAGGGACUCCCUGUUCUAGCCAAAUAUCAUCUUUGAAGGAACAUAGCAUAUAUCCCACACCUUCUGGAUUUACCUCAAGCUUGUUCACCCUAAGUGGGAUGCAGACAGUGGACACCAUUAACUCUCUGAGUAUGGUAACUCAGUCCAAAGUGACCAAAACCCCCAAACAAUACCGAACGAAGGAAACAACGUUUGGUGCCACUCUAAGCAAAGACACCACCUUUGCUAGCACCGACAAGGCUUUUGUGCCCUACCCCGAAGAUACAUCCUUAGAAACCAUCAAUUCACACGAAGCAGCAGCUGCAACUCUAACUAUUCAUCUCCAGGAUGGAAUCGUUACAAACACAAGCCUCACUAGCUCAACAAAAUCGUCCCCAACACCCAUGACCCUAAGUAUUACUAGUGGCAUGCCAAGUAAUUUCUCUGAAAUGCCUCAACAAAGCACAACCCUUAACUUCCGAAGGGAAGAGACAACCACAAAUGUAAAGACUCGCUUACCUUCUGCGGCCAGUGCUUGGAAAGUCAACGCUUCAUUUCUCUUGAUGCUCAAUGCUGUGGUCAUGCUGGCUGGCUGAGGGGCCGCGGCGUUUGAAGCCAAUGAAAGAGCUCCCCCCUGAUGUACAGUUGGGAAAAUAUGCCCCUAUCUAACCAGUGAUUCAAGCUACAUAAGUAUUCGAGAAAGCCAGUCUCACAGUUCUGACUCUGAUGUACACGAAGUAACUUGUCUUAAAGAAAAGAAGUGCACAAUGUCUCGGUACUCGCUGCUAUUUUACCGUCUUAAGUAACACGACUGAGUUUCUUUCUUUUUAAUGAAAUGUUUUCUUUUUGAGGCUUCAAUUUACUGCACAAAAUGUAAAGCAUCUAAACUUUAAUAUGUAUUUUAUGUAUGUUUACACUGUCAAACAUCUGGGAAAAAAAAAAAUAAAAGGUCUAUGCUCAUAAUUGUGUCAUUUGGCUUUCUAGUCAGACCAACUUAAUCUUUUCAGUGUAAUUGAAAUGACCGAACCAUUUUUGUCCUAGGGUACUCUGGUAAAGUCUGUGGGGUAAACGAA